CCCAACAUCCACCGAUGAUAGGUUAUUUCUCCACUAUACAAUCCUGUUAAAUCUGCUGUCCAACCGGUGACUCGCUCCAACCAGCAGACCGGCAGGGUUGAAAAUCCCUCUAUAUAUUCCAAAUUAGGGCUCAAAUCAAAUCAAUUGACGAUCGAUCUGUAAAUCAAUCUCUCUCUCAUCCGCGAUUGAUCCCCUCAUCUCUGUUCACUCAAGUCCAGGUGCGACAUCUUGUUCUCCGGCGACGGCGGCUAAAGUUCAGGUUUCCUUAACAAUCAGGGUUUUAGAACAUUGGUAAGAAGGCCUACCUCGCAGUUCAAAGGGGGAGAGAGAGUUAGGACAAGCAAAGAUGAACCACAAUCAGCAAUCGAGUGAUGGCAGGCACGAUGAUGAUACUGUGCUCUCUGAUUUCCUUGCGUCCUUGAUGGACUACACCCCCACUAUUCCAGACCAAUUGGUGGAGCAUUACUUGGCAAAAAGUGGGUUCCAAUGUCCCGAUGUUCGAUUAAUCAGACUGGUAGCUGUUGCUACGCAGAAGUUUAUUGCAGAGGUUGCAACUGAUGCUCUUCAGCAAUGCAAGGCAAGGCAGGCAGCUGUAGUCAAGGACAAGAGGGAUAAGCAGCAAAAGGAUAAGCGUUUAAUCUUGACAAUGGAGGACCUCUCCAAGGCUCUGCGUGAGGUAAGCACUUUAGUGCUUCAAGCAGUAUUGCUAUCAAGAGUCAAAUUUAUGCCAACCAACCUCAAAAUGACAAUAUCAUGUUUCUCGUUGUAAUUGAGCAGUAUGGCGUGAAUGUGAAGCAUCAAGAGUAUUUUGCUGAUAGCCCCACAGCUGGGUUGGAUCCUGCUUCAAGAGAUGAAUGAGUAUGAGCUCAGUGCCUUGUAUCUGUAAAAACAAAUACUUCAUGGUGGCUUGCAUUUUGAAUUCAACUUUUAACUAAUUUGCAAGGCUAUGAAAAUACACCAUUAUUUUUACAUAUUAUGUCAUCAAUCUGUAGAUGAUUUCAUUUCAUGGUCUUGUUGCUACACAAUUAGGUAGAUGCAGUUAUCCUGUUUUCUUAGUAUCUCUCUCCCCUCGACAAAAAGAAAAAAAAAAUGGAAA